AUGGCAGAUACGGUAAAGCAACAAGACCUCUAUGUGUACGAAUUACUUCCAGAACUGCUGACUUCGCUGGAAGUUGUUGUAUUUGAUGAGUGCGUUUCUGAAGUGACUGAUGGUGCGCGCCCGGAACAAAUUGCAUCCGACAGAAAGCCGCCCUCGAGCAAGGAGGAUGCCAUGCGGUGCACUGCAUGCGACUUACAGAUUAGCAGUGCUAACUUUGUUCGUGACCAUUACAAAAGCGAUUUUCACAAGUAUAACUUAAAGCGGAAGCUCAACCAGCUGGCGCCGGUUUCCCUGGAAGAGUUUGACCGUUUGACGGAGAACGAUGACAUCGAAAGCAUCUCGGGCUCUGAAGCUGAGUCAGAGGAUGAUGAGAAGCCAGGCGCUGGUAGUGCGUUGCGUCGCACACGGUUAGAUGCGGUCAUGGAGGAGGAAUUAGGGAAAAUUUCCCCCUCUGUUGAAAUCAGCGCGAGCCGGCCAACACAUUUGAAUACUAGGUCACCUUUGAUAUAUUUUAACUCCAAGUAUCUACCAGAGGGCUCUGUAUUUGGGGUACACAAGUGUUUAUUUUCCGCUACAGGGGUAGAGGAUCCUUUGGGAUCAAUGCGGGAGUGGCAAAAAGCGACUCAAGGUGAACGUGUUUCAGCACUGUUCAUGAUGGGGGGUGGUCAUUUUGCCGCAGCCAUCGUAUCUCACCAACGCAUAGAUAUCAGUGGCAAUGCCAAGAGGCAUGGAGAAUCGUUACAGGAACAGGCCGUGCACUUUCUUGAGCACAAAACGUUUCACAGAUACACCACGAGGCGGAAACAAGGAGGUUCACAAUCGGUUAUGGAUAACGCCAAGGGGAAAGCAAAUUCCGCAGGCUCUACGCUACGUAGAUACAAUGAGGCGGCAUUACGGAAUGACGUUCAGGACCUGUUAAAGAAAUGGAGGCCAUACUUGGAACGCUGCGAACACAUAUUUAUUAGGGCCAAAAAUGUUGCGGACAGGAGCGUAUUCUUUACGGAAAAUACCCCAUUGACCAAGGUAGACCCGAGGAUUCGGACAUUCCCAUUCACAACCCGUAGACCUACCACAAAUGAGCUAAGGCGAGCAUGGUGCGAGAUAACAUACUUGAAGAGGACAUUGAAGCCCAAGCCAAUCACAUCGGAGCGGCAAUACCUUCCUAAAGCGACAAAUGAUUCCACUGCCAAUAAAGCGAGCGUGGUACGCGAGCUAAGCCCGGCGGCGAAGCAUACACAGGAGCUGCUUUCUUUCGUUAGGAAGUCGAAGGCUCCACAACUAAUUGCCUAUAUCAAAAAACAUAAUCUAUCUCCGAACCUAACUUUAGAACCAUCGGAAGAAUACUUACAAACGCCUACUCUCCUGCACUAUGCCUCCAACAAUGGCCUGAAGAACAUGGUUCUUAUUCUACUAUCCAACUUAAAAUGCGACCCCACUCUGACGAACCACUUGGGAAGAACCGCUUGGGACUUAACCAAACGUAAAGACGUGAAGCAAGCCUUCCAAAUAGCUCGUCACAAUUUGGGAGAAGGCUUUACCAAUUGGGAGGAUUCUCACAUUGGCGUUCCGCUAAGCCGAGAAGAAGUAACGGAGAUUAAUACGAAAGAAGUUGAAGCUGCGAACAAAGAGCGAGAAAAGGCUGUCGAGGAGGAAUUACAAGAAGCUCGCGAACGCCAGAAACAAGCCUUGGAAGCAAAACGUGGACCUGGUAAAAUACUUGUUCCUCAACUAUCAGAAAAUGCACGAAAUCUGAAUUCUCUCACUGACGAGCAGCGCAGACGGUUGAUGAGAGAGCAACGAGCAAGAGCGGCAGAGGCCAGAAUGGGUUUAGGUAAGUAG